AUGUCUGCAACCACCGGCGCUUGCCUCUGCGGCCAAAUCAAGUAUGAGUUCACAGGCGACAUUGCUCUGAAAGCAUUCUGCAACUGCAAAGACUGUCAGCGCUGGGGAGGCGCGACUGGUCUUCCCAACGUUGUCAUUGACCGGAAAAGCUUCAAGGUCACCGCCGGAACUCCCAAAGCCUUUGAUGUUGUCGGUGACAGCGGCAAGAUAAAUCGGCACUAUUUCUGUGGGACGUGCGGGUCGAGUCUGUAUUGCGAGCUGGAAGCCAUGCCUGAGAACACGGUUAUUAAGGUAAGUGCUGACUUUCUCGGUGCAUGGCGAGAGACGUUUGAAAGUGCUGGAGACGAUUUGCUGAUCGCCCUCAUUCAGGCCGGAAGCCUAGAUCAACCAGAUAUCAAAGAGAUGCAGGCCGAGCUCUAUGUCAAAGAUCGUGUGAGCUACAUCAAGCCAAUUGAAGGCGCUCAGCAGGUUCCUGCAUUCCUUUGA